CAACGGAACAGCUCAAACAUUACUCUAGCGGUGUAUCGGAGAACCUCGACUGAUUAUUAGCGGUGUUGAAUACAGACGGGCACAGUUCCAUUGGUUGCGAGGUGAAAGCCUCAUAAGAAGGAAGAAUGGCAUAGAGGAGACAGCAAAUUAAGCAGCAAGUAGGCUAGGAAAUAUAGUACCGGUAGUGUUUUAUAUACGGUAUUUCAUAAACCGUUAUGUUCAUUGCUGUUAAAAUGCUUUGGAUGCAUGAACUUUCGCCAGAUUAAGUGUUGACUAUACGGUGAACAGUGAACAAAACUGGAAGGGAAGGACACUAUAUAGGAUUAUAUCAACAUGUUGUGUGUAGCCUGGUUUUAAGACAUGUCUUCAUCGUGUAUAUGUUGUCUUCUGUAGUGCAUUAGACUAGAGGACUUAUAGCAAUUAGUUUGUUCUGUAGACGAUUUGUUUCAAAAUGGCGAGUAAUGGAGAAACGGCAGUUUUUAAUGCUAUCGACCCUGAGUCAGUUCAGGUUGAUAUUAAAUCUCCGGCAAAAAAUCGCUAUACAAGUUCUCCUUUGCACCCUAAUAAACGUAAGGGGCCGGUACUCUUUGAACGUGCAUCAGGAAGCUGGUGGAAUCCUAAAUUCGAUUCUUCAAUCCUAGAAGAAUAUCUCUGGCAGUGUUAUUUUCCUCAAACUCAGAGGCGAUUCCAAUAUGUUUUGCUUUAUAUUGUGGUGGCCUGUGCUGCAUGGUGUAUAUUUUUUGGAUUAAUGCGAGAAAAUAAUUGGAUAGUGUAUGUGUCAGGAGCUGCAGUCCUAGCCCUAAUUUCAAUUCUAACAUUGGUUUUCACUAAAACUGGUAAAUAUCCGUUGAUGUAUAUUCCUACAUCGGUUGUGUACACUGUUGUUCUAGGGCUGUUGCUACUGGUAGGGUUUUUGUUCAACCCUGCAGAUCUAUCCACAGUGGGCUCAUUCUGUGCUUCUGUGGAAAUACUGUUGCUUGUGUAUACGUUUAUUCCUAUGCCUCUUUUUGUGGCAGUAUUAAUUGGAGGAGGGUAUUCUAUAAUAUACGAAGUAUUGACUGCCCUUGGACAUCCCAUCAUGAACCGUUAUGACUUUAUUAUUGGGAAAAUCCUCUUGCACCUCUGUAUUCAUCUAAUUGGAAUUCAUAUCUUCUUUAUGUCAGAAGUACGACGUCGCAGUACUUUCUGGAAAAUAGGACAGUCAUUGAUUGUCAAGCGAGAACUGAUUCGGGAGAAAAAGAAUAAAGAAAAAAUGAUCCACUCACUUAUGCCUCCAUCCGUUGCUGAAGAAGCAAUGAGAACAAGAGAAGGCAAAGAAAAGGAUGAGGAUGAUCCAUCUAAGAAGAAAGGGAAAGUCAAGUCCGCUAAAGGAAAAAUUAUAUUCCGAAGUUUCAAUAUGAACAAAAUGGAUAAGGUGAGCAUCCUUUUUGCUGACAUUGUUGGAUUUACUAAAAUGAGUUCCAAUAAAACUGCUGAAACACUUGUAGGACUCCUCAAUGAUUUAUUUGGUCGAUUUGACAAGCUGUGUGUGGAUACUGGAUGUGAGAAAAUUACUACUCUUGGAGAUUGUUAUUAUUGUGUGUCUGGAUGUCCCAAACCUCGGGAUGAUCAUGCUGAAUGCUGCGUUGAAAUGGGGCGAGGAAUGAUCAAAGCUAUUAAACAAUUUGAUGAGGAGAAAAAGGAAUCUGUAGACAUGAGGGUUGGUGUUCACACUGGCACUGUCCUCUGUGGAUUGGUGGGUAAAUGUCGGUUUAAGUUUGAUGUAUGGUCGAAUGAUGUAACAUUAGCAAACAAUCUGGAAUCUACUGGUAGACCAGGUCAGGUACAUAUCUCCGAAUGUACAUAUGCCUAUAUAAAAGAUGAUUACGUGGUUGAACCUGCUGAGCCAAUAGAAGAUUUAAGAACUCACAAGGUAUUGAUAGAACAUUACAGUUCAGUGUCAUCAAGUUUUACCAUACGACAUACUGAAGAACAAAAAAAAUUGAACACAUACUUCGUUAUUGACAAAAUAAAGAAAGGGAUCGAGAAAGAUGGUUCAACUAAUAAUCUUGUAGUAAUACCAAUGGAAGAAUCAGAAGAUCAACUCAAGGGUGAAAAACAAGCAGAAAAUAUUACGAGUGAUGGAGACGUGGUAAUCAAUCAUCUUGAUAGAGAGAGUUCUGGCAUCAAUGGAGUUACCCCAUCUACACUGUUAACACGUAGACAUAGUGAUACAUCAAUGGAUAAAAAUAUGGAAGACAAAGGGAAAAGUUACUGUAAAUGGACUCCAUGCUGCUUUCAUCCGGCCUUUAGAAAAUCCUGUAGUGACUCCCAUUUGUGCUCAUUUAGUUCUCACCCUUACCUGUCACUCAAAGCACAAGCUCCUCCUACACAACGUGGUUCCGAUGUUGAAGCAGCGGGUGAUCCAAGUUUGGUUCCUAUGAACCCAGAUUGGACAAACUGUUCUCAUAUGAAAGAGGAAAAUGAUAAUAAGAUUGUUGCCUGUAUAAAUGAAAACGUGAAAAACAAAUCAUUCUUCUAUGAGCCAGAAAUCAACAGGUUAACUCUCUGUUUUCUGAAUGCAGACAUGGAGGAAGAUUUUCGAGAUCAUUAUCUGGAGAGUAACUUGGGUAAAGAAGAAACGAUGGCAUCACCUCGGUAUCACUCCCUUAUAGAAGCUGUUUUAUCCUUGAUUGUGUUCAUAUUGAUAUCUAUUUGUUGUUUCUUAGUAUUUGGAUAUCAUAUUGUCUGGCUGUUUGUGUUUAUUAUAGCUCUUAUUAUUGAGAUUCUCGUCCUCAUCCAGUUGGCAACAGACGUUAAAAUUGGAUUGAAGAAAAAAGAAAAAUGUAGCAUGUUAAUGCACAUAUUGUCUGGGUGGUACUUUCGCAACUCCAUGGGAGCUGUCAUUGCCAUUAUACCCAUCAUUGCUGUAUACUCAAACCUGUCUUGUGAGCUGGCAACCAAUGACCAAUGGAAGGACCGAUUUUUCUGUUUUACAGCAAUUGUUGCACUGCUUCAUUUCUGUAAUUUUACAAUGCUCAGCGCCUGGGUCAAGUCGUUCUUGGUAACAGUGGCAGGAAUCGCUCUUUUAAUAUUGCUCAGUGUCCGUUUUUGUCCACCAGAGGAAUUUGUUCAUGUUAAGCCAAUAGUCACCUUAUUUGCCAAUACUACUUCCGCAAGUCCAACUUAUAAAGUCAACCAAUCUACUCUGUCAGAUCAUUUGUUCUCCGGUGAGAAUAAUUUACGUUACGAAAUUAUACUAGACAUUAUCCUCCUUCUUCUCUUGAUACUCUUUAUAAGUAGAGAAUUUGAAAUCAGCUACAGACUAAGUUAUUUUGGAAGUUCUCAAUCUGAGAAACAGAGAGUUCAGAUGAUGGAAAACAAGGAGCAAGCUGAAUGGUUGUUACACAAUAUUGUUCCAGCCCACAUAACUGCAAUAGUAAAGCAAACUUCAACAUAUUCUAAAAAUCAUAAAGAUAUAGGUGUUAUAUUUGCUACCAUUGUCAAUUUUAAUGAUUUUUAUGAUGAGUCAUAUGAAGGAGGUCGAGAGUAUUUGAGGGUUUUGAACGAGCUGUAUAGCGAUUUUGAGGAUCUGCUGGAUGAGCCACGUUUUAAGGACGUUGAAAAAAUUAAAACAAUCAGCAGCACUUUCAUGGCUGCCUCAGGACUGAAUGAGCAAAAUCGUGCAAAAAAUAAGAACCCGAAUGCCCAUCUAUAUGCUCUAUUAGAGUUUGCACAGGAACUUCAGAAUAAAAUUGGACAGUUCAAUGAUAGUAUUUUUAACUUUGAUUUUCAAAUGAAAAUAGGGUAUAAUUUCGGAGAAGUCACCGCUGGUGUUAUUGGAACAACUAAACUACUAUACGAUAUCUGGGGAGAUACUGUCAACAUCGCUAGUCGUAUGUACUCUACCGGAGAAAUGGAUCAGAUUCAAGUCCCAGAAUCUACAGUACAACGCUUGGGAGACAAAUUUUCAUUUGGAAAUGAAAGAAAAGUUUUGGUGAAAGGAAAAGGGGAGAUGAAAGUUUAUUUUUUAGAAAAGAAAAUAGAAGGAGCAACAUGGGAAUAAUACUAUUGUUAAUAGUUUAUAUUUAUUGAGAUGAUAUAUAUGUUAAAUAUUUAUCAUGUUAUUUAUUAAACCAUCUUGUAAAUAGUAUGUGUAUUAAUAUUAAUGCAACUGUUUACAUUUAAUACAUUUUUGCCCUGUUCGCAUUACUUACUUGUUGUACAUUAACUUUACCAAGCCUCUUAGGAUUUUGUGAACAAUAGUAUGUAUAUAUAGCCUAUCAGUAUAUACAAAUAGAUAUAUUAGAGACCAGAAAUGUGUAUUAAAAAUACCUGGUAAGUAGUUUUGCAGUAUAUAAAGGAAACUACUAAUUUUAAUACAAAUUUCUGUAAUAAAUCAAGCAUAAACUUUUCAAAACCAUCAAAUAAUCAAUUAUGAUUAAGUAAAAUGUAAUCAAUGUCCUUGAAAAAAAAAAUUGCGUAAUUAUCUGGUUGAUAGCCUUCUGAUCUGUUUAAAUGGAAAAAGUCACAGUGCCGACAGAUAGAUAUGGCCGGUUAGAUUCAUUUCAAGGCGUAUUUCUGGUUGCAUUAAAUUUUUGUUUUAAUUAUUUUAGAAUAUUUGUUAGUGUUGCCUUAAUGGUGAUACAUAUCAAUUUGAACAAGGCCUUUGCCACAUAGCUGUCUCCAUAACUCUUACUGGUAAUGUAAGCUUAAUGUGAUAUAUGCAAGAAUUGAGGCUUAAUCAAUGGUAGUCUAUAAAGACUACGAUGGAACCUCUAGGCUUUGGUCCGCAUGUAAAUCAUCAUAUUUUUUUUUUCAUUUUGGGUGUUUAUUUUUGCAAUGUCUAUAGCCUGUCUUGUCCGCAGGUUUAUCUUGUAGAUUUUCGUUUUGUGUGUAGUUCAGUCCUGCUGCACUUACUAAUAGUCUUUACAAAAUGUUUGUUAGCGGGAGUCGACAGAACCAUCACAGUUGUUAACUCCUGUUGUCACAUAAAAAAAUAUUAGUGAGAGAGGCUUGUCAAAUUUCAACCUUUUAUGGAGACAUAUGGUCUUAUUUAACUUGACUGUUGAAUUUAUAUUUUAAUUUUUCUAGAAGUUUACUUCAUCAGCUUUUAACAGAUGUGAAAAUAGUGUACCUGUACAAGAGUUGCUUCCCUUAUUUAGUAUGCAGGCAUUGAACAUACCCGGUAAUUAUAUUAGUGGGAUUGUUGUGUUGUAGUAGUUUUAAGAUCCGAAUCGAUUCCCAAGUUUAAAAUAAUAAAAUAUUAUGGAGUGCUAUAGAUUGAGAUGUAGAAUUUGAUUAUGUAGAGAACUUUCUAGUGAAAUAUGGAAUGAAUUACUACUAUAUGUCCGUAAUUAAUUGAUGUAUAGCUUAUUACAAGAAUCUCAAAUUCAAUAAUGGAGGCUUUUAUUUAUUGAUAAGUUUUUUUUAAAUAUCAAGAAAUUCCAGGAAGGUAGAAUGCUUGUUAAUUAAUGGAAAUAACCAAUGGUAAUUGAACAAUUAAUAAAGGUUCAUAAUUCCUAUCCAUUGUCCUGAUCCCUUUGUAAAUUAUUUGCAAUAAAAUAUGUUUAAACUAACAAAAAGCAUGAAAAUGUUGAGAAAAUAAAACCAUUAUAAUUUAUUAAACUUUUGAUUGAAAUUUCAUUAAAUUGUAAUAAAUAUUUUAAUUACAUUAACGUAUAUCUAUAUAUUGCCUGUCAACUCAUAUUUUGUACAUAAAUAAACUCAUUCAUAAUUCUAAAAACCUAAUGUAUUAUAUAAUAUUUAUGUUCUUUUUAAUAUAUUUAAUCUUAUUUCAUAUAUCCUCUAAGAAUUAUUCAUUCUAAUAUAAUUUGUAUACUUCUUUGAACAAGUGAUGUUUGUGUUAGACAUUGUUCAAAAAUAAGACUGUUGUUAAAUGUUAGCAUCUUUAAAAUGUAUGGUAAACCAUUCUUAGAAUAUAUAUCUUAUGUAAUAUUGUAGUCUUAACCAAAGUAUAUGCAAUGGUUAGACCCAUUUUCAAUGUCUUGGGGGGGAAAAAAAAGACACAAAAGAGACAAUUUUCAACUUGGAAAGGUUGUCGUUUGGAUUGUUGGUAAACUUUAUUUAUAAAUUUAACUUAUUAAUCCUAAUUACAAAAUAUAAUGAGGUCUAUAAAGUUUAUCUAGAAAUUGAAUAAAUAGUGUGUUGAUUUGACUACAGGGAUUAAAGAGAGUUACUGUGUAUUUUCGUUACUUCAAUAUUUUUUUUUGAUUUGUUAUAAUUAAUAUAAAGCUUUUCAAUAUAUAUACACAUAUUGUAAAUAUACACAUAGAUAUAGUAUAUGUACAGUUUAAAUAAUAUUACUUAUAUUGGUGCAAACUUUUAUUACUUAUAGCACCGUCCUUUUAAUCUCUAAAUGUUGGAAGUUUUUAUAGCUGUAUUUUCUUGUACAUAGUUGUUUAUGUACUGGUCUCCAAUCCAUUAUACCGUUCCUAGAAAUUCCAAGUUAAACCAUUUAAGUUACACCAAGCUAAGUUAAACCAUUUUACCAAUCUGACUAAAACACAGAUCCUAUUCGUUUCGUUUUUUAUAGCUCAAAAUUUUGUUUUGUCUGUACUACACUAGGAUCUGGAAGAGUUGUUAUAUAACAGGCGUUCUGGAUCGCGCAAGGGAUUAGCCAAUGAAACCAUCUGUUAUGGGGACUUCUUGGCGUGCCAUGCACAGAACUGUGGGUAAAUCACUAGAAACGUCAACGCUGAUUGAUUAAUCAAUGUCUGAAGUCAUAAGGUUAAAAGCCGCUCAUAACGACCCCUGACACGACUGGUCAGAUCUUGUUGUAGUGUAGCCCAUCGAAAUAUAAAUAAACGAAACGAAAUAUAUAUCUGUAUUUUAAUCAGAUUGACCAUUUUACCAUCAAUAAUAGCUUCUUAAUACAAAACAGCAAAUACACAAUGGAAAAAUAUAUGGCAUUUUUUUAUCUAGUAGAUGAAUUAUUGUUAAAAAUGUAUUAUCCAACGGAUAACUAAAACAAGGACAGAAGAUGUUUUCAAAGGAAUUGAAAGUAUGUAUUCUGUUGCAUGUAGAAUUAUUUAUUACUUAAAGAUGCAUUAUGUAAGAGCUUAACCUGCUAAUGCAGAUCUUUCGUUUGACCUAAAAUGUUAUAUAAAUCAUUAGUUAGACAUUUAUUCAAAUGCCAAGCUCUAGACCAUCAGAUGCUUUUCAUUUUCAAUGGAUUUAAACAUGAUUACUAGUUAAUGAUUUAAUUAUAAAAUGGUUAAUCGAGACUUUGUUUAUUAUCGUAAGAACGGUAGAAAUGACAAUCGAAGUAAUUUGACUGAAAUUUUCAACAUAUUCCCUUUUCAUUAUCUAUUUUUUUAACUAUUAUAGCGAGAACUGUCAACUCUUUAUCAAAAUCUUACAUAAUGCAUCUUUAAACAAACCAUCCCACCUUUGCACAAAUCUUUUACAAAUUUGCAUAACUAUGUACAAUGUUACCAAUAUUAGCAUAAAAACAAACAGAUAAAAGUGUUUGACUGUGUGAAUAUACUGUGCAAAGGGUUUGGUUCCAUUCUUUGAUGAACUGGGUUCAAUAUUCAGGUUUGCACUAUAUUCACUUUUGUAUAAUAUUUGUUAUAGAAUUAGAUAUUGUUGUGUAUACAUUUUAUUUAUAUAAAAACCCCAACUUCAUUUAUCAUUUCGAUAUCAUUGAAAUAACAUGAUUAAAUGCCAUCAUGUAUCAACCAAUAAUUUACAAUAGAACUUGAGAGGCUGUCACCAUUAUGCUGUGUUCAGUAGCCUCAAAUAUAAAAUUAAUAUCAAAUUUAGAAUAUCAAAUUUUGUCUGAGCAUUAUGUAUACUUUAAGAAAAUGUUUCGUUUUUGAAAUGAAAACCGACAUCUGCAUUUAAUUUGGUUAAAAAUAUAAUUGUCAAUUUUAUUGGAUGUUUUAUGUCGAUAUUGUCAACACAAUAUACCCUUAAUUAGUAAACCAUAACACACCAAUCAACCCAAUUCAAUACUUUAUAUUUACUUAAAUCAAUAGGUUUAGCUCACUUUAAAACUUUGAGAGUGGAUUUUAUACUAAUAUAUACUAUACUAUUCAAAAAAAGUAGGGGAUAUUUGAUUUUGGGGGCAUAAUACUAAAAUAUGCAAAUGACUACGAAAAAAGUCACUAUAGAACCUAACAGAAGAAACAUUUCCAGUUACAUGUGACGCCCAAACGCGCCAAUAGCUACCGCAUGGAAUGCAGGUGAUGCUUGGGAUCAUCAUGGGGGUCCAACCCAAGAUUUGCACGACUCUGACUUUGAAUGUUACAGUCAUUGUGGCAUUGAAUUCCAGGGUGGAAACAUCAGUUUAAUUGUUUUAGUGACCAGAAAACAAAUUUUGAUAUGCGUCGGCUUACCCAAAAUGAAAGGUUACGUGCCCUUGGCAUGCUACAGAUCGGCACAACACAGGCGGUUGUGGCGCGGACGAUGAAUGUUUCUCAGUCUGUCAUAAGCAGGCUAUGGUCCAGAUACCGUGAUACACAAUCUGUACAGGACAGACCACGCUCAGGUCGACCAAGGGCGACAACUCAAGCCCAGGAUCGAUUUAUCCGUACCUUGGCCUUGAGAAAUCGUGUCAUCACAGCAAAUCAGAUCAGCGCUCGUCUUCAAACAGACACUGGUGUGAGAGUGAGUGGCCAGACGAUUCGGAAUCGACUGCAUAGGGGUCACCUUCGCGCCCGACGUCCUCGCGUGAUCCCUUGUUUGAGAGAUCAUCACAUUCAGGCAAGACGUCGUUGGUGUAGGGAUCGUCAACACUGGGAUAAUCGACGCUGGAGCAAUGUGAUGUUUUCAGAUGAGUCAAGGUUCACUGUUGAUUUUUUGGACAGACGUAGGAGGGUGUGGCGUCGUCGAAACGAGCGCUUCCAAGACGUUAACGUCAUCAGACAUGAUCGAUUUGGGGGUGGUUCUGUUAUGGUGUGGGGAGGCAUCACUGUUGCUGGAAGAACGGCUUUACAUGUUGUUGCAGGGCGUGUUACAGGCCAGUACUACCGGGACAACAUCUUGGCAGUCCAUGUUGUGCCGUUCGCACGACGUCAUGGCCGCCGUUUCAUCUUCCAGGAUGACAACGCAAGAUGUCACAGGGCCAGGAUCGUUACAGGUUACCUCCAACAACAGAACAUCACCACAUUACCUUGGCCAGCACUGAGUCCCGACUUCUCCCCCAUCGAGCAUGUCUGGGACAUGCUUGGACAGAGGUUACGUCAACGUCAACAACGUCCUGCCAAUGUCCAAGAACUUGCUGCUGCGUUUCAACAGGAAUGGGACAAUCUGGACCAAAAUGACCUUAGACGUCUCAUUAGGAGUAUGCCACGUCGGAUCAAUGCUUGUUUGGCAAACAGAGGAGGAUUUACCCGUUACUGGCUUGGUUGUGAUGCUGUGGUAAUUUUGCUGUUUGACCCCGGGUAUCAUUUUACCCUUAUAAUGGUCAGUCUGUGCCUUACUUAGUCUAACGAUCAUUUGGAAUAAAUCGAUGAAUGUGAACUUCAUUUCAUUUUGUCAUUUGUUUCUUCGUCAGUUUCAUUAGGUGACUUUAAUAACACUUAAAAAUCAAAUAUCCCCUACUUUUUUUGAAUAGUAUAGUAACUGAUUGUUAUAUAUUAAUCACUGAAAUUAUUCUAUUAGAUGUUGUUCUUGAAACCUAUAACAUUAGUACAAAACCAACUAUUUUAUACUAUAUAGAAUAUUAUUUAUUGUAAAAUAUUUUAUUAUAGUUUAAUCAACAUUAUUAUUACACCCAUAGAUAAAUUAAAUGUUAUACUUGAUACUACUAUAUUAAACACCUUUUGUUGUCAGCUUUUUGUCAUAUUUAACUUUAAAUACAGAAUUAUUUCCUUUUUGUCCUCAAAAUUAAAUUAUACAUGAAAACAUUGAGUUUAAAUACAACCUUCAUAAAAAAAGGGCCAGAUUAUAUGAAAAAGAUAAAAUCUUCAAGAUACAUUGUCCUGAAAGUAUUUAUCGGUUGUUAUUUCCAAUAAAAGUAUGGCAAAUUUGGUAGUAUGGAAAGUAUAGACACCUAAUCUUACUAAAAAAAAAUACUGGAUUACCCGUAAAACACCCAUGGAGCAAACACUGGGCAAAAAUGUCAGGGUAUCACUAAUUGGCACCCGACUGUUGUCUGUUAGCUUUUUGUGUGCGAGCUUGACUGAGGGAGCGGAUAUUAUUUCUUGAUCAAAUGAUUAGGCUGUUUUGGGAACAUUGAGGGGUGAACAAAAGAUUCUGCAAUUAAAUGGCAGAAAAAGAAGAUGACAGAAGGUAUUUAAAAAUUUACUUAGGCCUUAGUAUGUUUGGUAAAUGUGCAGGAAAAAAUGAUAAAUACUUUCUGAAACAUGGACCCUCCCACAAUGAAGCUAAGGUGAUAAACAUGGCGUCUAACAACAGUUUAUUUAUAGCUAUAGGUAUCCCUGGCAAAUACAAAGUUUUGCGAGGGAAUUGAAGCAAAUUUUUGGUAAGAUUGAUUAUUUUGAAUCUGUUUUUAGUCUAAAUAUAUCAUGAAAUCACACAGUUUGUAUGCGGGGAAAAAAACUUUAAAUAACCACAAGUUAAUUCUGGCAUGUUGGGGCAUGAAUUGGAGAAGGUAUUGUUAUAUUCUGUUGAAUUGUAUACAUUUUUCCUUAGAAAGCUAUCAGAUUUAAUUCUGAUGAAAAUUUUUAUUAAGAUAGCACUAGGGUCAGAAAUACACUUUUUAAGAGCUAAUUUAUUGUUUUAUCCCCCAUCUCUGUAGAAACCAUUGAUUUUAUUAUUGUUUUUUGAGUAUGUUUGUAGUAAAUAUAUAAUAUUAUGUUUUUGUUUUAUUAGCUUGUUGUUAGCCUAUCCUGUCUUUAAAUUGCUCAAGUAAAAGCCAGUUGGCAAAGUUU